GAAGUGAAGAUGAUUGGGAUAAUUGGUCUCAAGAUGAUACUAAAUAUUUAUACACUGAAGAUAGUUUCAUAUUUUCAUUUGGAACUUGUAAAAAUUCUCAGAAUGCCAAGUUCAGUUUUGUUAAAAAACGUAAACCAGCAAUUAGAGAUGAUUCAAAAUUAGGUCCUUGCUUUGGUAAAGAAGAUAUACACAUGACAAAUAAUUUUAAUAAACGUGGAUCAUGCACUUCCAAAUCAUCAAAUUUCGGCAAUAUCAUAUUAGCAAAAAAAUUUUCUAUAAUAGAAUAUGAAGUUUUUCAAGUUGUAUACAAAAGAAGUGAAGAAAAUAGAUGGAUUGCAUUUAUGAAUCCUAAAUAUUUUGAAAAUGAUAAAUAUGUUGGUCCUAUUUUUUAA